CUUCUGUAAAAAAAAAAAAAAAUUCGAAAACAUCUAGGUAUCUGUUUUGCUUCUCUCUCCAAGAAAGCCAAGGAACAGACGACGAUGGGAAUACCGGAGUCAGACCCUGUAUCGGAGCUAUCAUUGCCGCCUGGAUUUCGAUUUUACCCAACGGACGAGGAGCUCUUGGUUCAUUACUUGUGCCGGAAAGCUGCUGGCCAUGAUUUUUCUCUGCAACUUAUAGCCGAAGUCGAUCUUUACAAAUGUGACCCAUGGGUUCUUCCCAGUAAAGCUACCUUUGGUGAGAAAGAAUGGUAUUUUUUCAGUCCUAGAGAUCGGAAGUACCCCAAUGGUUCACGGCCAAACAGAGUUGCCGGGUCCGGUUAUUGGAAGGCCACUGGGACAGACAAAAUUAUUACAACGAACGGUCGGAAGGUUGGAAUCAAGAAAGCUUUGGUUUUUUAUAUUGGAAAGGCACCAAAGGGAACAAAGACCGAUUGGAUUAUGCAUGAAUAUCGGCUUUCAGAGCCUCCGAAGAAGAAUGGUAGCUCUCGGUUGGAUGAUUGGGUUCUGUGCCGGAUUUACAAGAAAAACUCGAGCACCCAGAAGUCAGUUUCAGGGGUGUGGACGACAGAACAGAGGGCUUCUUACUCAUCGUCGUUUACCCAAUGGGAGGACGUCCUUCAAUCACUCCCUGAAAUCGAUGAUCACUUAUUUGAUAUCCCUAGGAUGAACUCUCUUAAAAGCCUCAUCCAAAAUAAAAAAUCUUGUAAUGUGAAACUCGAAGGGAACAAAUCGGGUUCCUCGGGUGAGUUUUGCAGCAGCAAAAGUGUGAUUCAGGGGCCAACGAACGACCUCUACUUCCCAUCAAUCCCUAAGAUUUGCCAAGUGGGUUCACCGUCGGACAAGCUAGGGAGUUCUAUUAUUGAAGAAGAAGUGGAGAGUACUGGAGUGAGGUCGCAACAAGAAGUUGACGAUUCGUGCUUUUUUCAUCCAAACUCAAACAUGUUUGCUAAUCAAUUCACCGAUUCGCUCGACCCAUUCGGGAUCAAGUAUCCCCUGCAUUUGAACUGUGGAGACUUUGUAUAUCGCCAAUGAAAUCAAGCAAAAAAAAUUACCAGAAAAUGAAAUCAAGCAAAACCAGAAAGCAAGAAUUCAAAUUUCCUUUUGAGAGGAGGAAAUCAUUAUCAUCGAAGAACCCCUCGACCCAUUUCAGAUUACAGAGAAGAUUUCCAUGCAUUCGUCUUGUGAGAAAUGGAAGCAUUGGAACCUGACGGAGCAGAUGUAGAUAUUGGUAAUGGUUCCGUGGAGGAUCCAAAAAUUAAUUUGGGGUGAGAAUACUUCGUUGUAAAUAUAUGUAUUUUUUGUCGUCCUUGUUUUCACCCAAUUUGGGUAUUUGUUAUUAGUUUUUGGGACAUCGGAGAUGAACAAAUGAAUAUAGCAAGGAUUUUGAAUCAGAAUGGAAUCAGCACUGACCGAUCCUAUCGAUUCAGACCAAUUUAUUUUGAUUAAUGAGACUGUUUUUUAGCAA